AUGGACCUGACUAACUACUACUUUGGUCACAAAUCUAAUCAUUUGAGUAACAAAGCCGCAAAUUAUCGGUUCUUAGUUUCGUACAGUCUACACACUUGGAGCAAACAAUGUCGCGAAAUUUGUGACGACAAAACUAAAUCCAUGUACAAACUUGAAAGUGAAUGGUGAGUUCAAUAUUUUUUUUUCUUGUCGCGAGACCAAACGACAAUACUCCAAGGUCAUUUAAAGAUGUGGUUAUAUAUUAUUUUGUGUAUGCGAUCACAGCACUCUUUUCUUUUUUUUAAUUAAUAUAAGUUUUUACUUUAUUCAGCUUUUAAUAUAUUUUUUAAGUGUUUGUAUUUUUUUUUUAUUACCGUAACACUAUUUUGGGUUUGACAACAGAAAUUUUUGAAAAUGCAUAUUGUUAUAAUAGUUUUUGUGUUUUAUAAAAAUUCUUCAUUAAGCUGUACUUCAAUUUUUUAACGCGUAUUCUAAACGUCAAUUUUAAUAAAUGUUUUAAAUUUAAAAUAACUUAACUUUUGUUUUGUGUCUGUGAGCUCAUUUAGUAUUUGACUGAUAUCUUAGUACGGCAGUUUGUACUUUGUAAUUUUGUGUUUAAAAAACGGAAAAAGUUUAAGAUAUUAUUUUUAUUAACAAUGACUCAGUUUAAAAAUUGACAAAAGUCCGCAAUUUUUUAGAUGAAUGUUUCUUAACCAUUUAUAAUAAUUAGCUUCCCAUUUAUAGUCAAGGAUGAGCGGCAAUAAAUUGCAAUCUUUAAGCAUUACCACGUGAGCAGCUUUCUCUUUUCUUCGACAAGGUCAAGCGAGCUUAUCACGCAGUUUUGAGUUAAGAGUGCUGAUUUAUUUCGGCAAUGCACCUUAUCUUGUGACAAGUGUACUUCGAAACGAAAAAGUAAUUGAUGGCCACACAUAAUAUGUUUCAAGUUUUAUUUUUAGCAUUUGUAUGCAAACUGGUGUAAACAGUUUUUAAUAUCCAGACAUUGCCUUGUAUCUUUAAGCUUAUUUUAAGUGUUUUGCAAGAUAUUGAAAUUAAUUGUAUGUUUUCUAAUGCGUGUAAAGUCUGAGCUUGAGGUUAUGGAAUGAAAUUCAGCAUCAAGUUAACAUUAAAUUUAAGAAGAAUAGAUAGAAAUGGUAGUUUCUAAUAACUAAAAAUAGUGUUUUAAUUGUCAUACGUUUGAACGCGGAAGAAAUAAGCUUUGUUAAUGGCAUACCUAUGACUUGAUUAAACGUGCAAAUACUGGCUGACUCAGUAAAGUAGAUAUUGUUUGAGAGGUGCUUUCCGAUCAGUCUUCACCUUUUUUCUUUAAGGCAGCGUUCGGAGAAGCGGGUUGUUCGGGCCUGAAAUGUCCCUUCCAGAUGCUAUCAGACGUUUUGAUCGGUAUUUUACGCGUUUUUCAAAAUUCUUUAUUUCUAUGUUAUUGUUCGUUUUAUGGCCUCGUGGAGUUAAAAUGGGUUAUUAAAACAAAUUGUGGGUUAAUUUUUGUGUACUUUUUGUUUUUUUUAAUUAUUUUUGCCAUAUCUGUAAAAACGACGUGCAAAUUUGGCGUGAUCUACUUUUUUAAAUCUAGAACUUUAUUAACUGUAUUUAUAAAUAGUUUUGCAGAAAUAAAAAAUUAGUGUGAAAUAUCGCACUACUUGUUAAGAAGCGUGUUAACUUGUUAAAGAGCGUGUUAUUAAUCGGCAUUGACCUGCGCGCCGUUCCAUUAACCUGUAAGAAUAAAGUUUUAAGUUGCGUUGUCGUGUCCACCACAAUUCCACACAGUUUAAGUCUGUCUAUAAAAAGUGCGUGUGAAGUAAUUGAACAAAAUUUCUAGUUUUUUUUUUGUUUUUGCAAAGUAUAACUCUUUGGUUUUUGCGAACUUUAUUGAGCUGUAUUUAGUACUGUAGGUUUUUUUAGGUGUGCAGUAGUAAAAGAUAAAAAAUAUUAGUUUUUAUGGUUGUGAUACUGUGAUAAUUCAAAGGUUUAAAAAAAGUGUGCAAAAUAUAAAUGAAAAGCGUAUUUAGGAUAUUUGUCUUGUAUGCAAUACUACUUGUUUAAGUUAUAUUAGGUGACGAUUUCUUCUCGUAUUUAAGUUUAGAAAUUUUGACAUAAUUUCAAAUUAAAAUUAUAUGUUGUUUUUUAUGUGUUUUGUUUCGUACAAUUGUUAAUCUUUAUUCUAUUAUUCUUUUAAAAUUUACAGCGGUUGUUUUUAUUAAAGAAAUGAAUAUUAAAAUUACAGUAAAUAAAAUGCCAAUAUUUUUAAUAUGUUAAUUAACUUUUAAAAUAAUUUAAUCAACGCCUAGUUUUGUUUAUUUUUAAUUUUGAAAAUUAAUUUUUAAUGCGUUAUUACGUAAAUUUGAGAGGGGAGGGGUGAUGGAACGGUAGGGUAGGAAAGCGUUUUCUUUGCAUUUUAACCUUUUUAAUGUUUCCCCGUCUACCACUACACAGUGCAUAUAAAACUACUAUAUAACGAAACCCCUUUAUAAUGAACACAUUUCAAGUCCCUGAGCGAUUCGUUAUACAGGAGUUCCAAUGUAAUAGCUAUUAUCUACUAGCCAAUUUUAUUCUAUCACUGUUCAAUAUUUAAAAUUUUUAAUGAACACUUUUGGCUCCGCCCUGAUGCCAAAUCUAGAAAUGCCGCGAGAACGCCGGAUUUGACCACUAGAAACAUUUUUUCCUCCUGGGUGGUUUUGAGUCUGUAAACAGGGGCGGUGUGUGCGGGGCGGGGCCGAGUUUGAAGAAAAGCGCUCGUCCCUCUUUGCCAGUCCUCAACGAUUAUAUUUCAGCGAUCUCCAUUUGUCGACCCGUCGGCUAAUGAUGCGUUCGUUGUUAAUGCAGCAACGUGCAUCGGAGACGUUCCAUUGGGCAAACACAUUCGCUUCCCUCUACAGCACAUUAUUUUUGUUGCUGAUGGUGGUAAGCGUAGUUGAGGCGGCACCAAUGCAAAAAUCGCGUAUACGACGAUCUAUGGACUUGGGCUUGUUCAAUUACAAAUGGAUUGAAGAUGACGCAAAUUUUGAUAGUACAAAGCAUAAGUAUGCAGUGGUAGGUACAAUAUGUUUGAAUUACUAUCUUUAAACAACAUAUAUAGAUAUAAAAUUAAAUUUUUAUAAAAAAGUUUGAAUAAAAUUUUAAAGAUUUUUUUAAAAUUUAUGAAAUUUAUUUUUCGUAAAAAUUUUUAAUGCGUAAAAUUUUAGAAAUAUUUACUAGGAUUUGGACAUCUGACUACGUCGCAUCCGACGCCGCGCGAGUUUCGGAAUGCGAUUAAAAGUUUUCAAGAUAUGGUUGGCCUAAAACAGACCGGCAUACUUGACGAUACUGUAUUCAACGAAAUGAAACAACCACGAUGUGGAAACGCCGAUGUGUCAAGUAGCAACGAACGGCGGAAACGUUUCGGUAAUUUUUGUAAUUUUUUGCUACCAAGACAUUACACUUGUCUUUUUAAAGUGUAAGCCUUGCAAUUGUAAUUGAAAAUUGUAAACAGUAGUAAUUGACAUUUAACCCUACACGAUGAUAAGUCGUGAUAAUCAUUUUAAUGAUUUCAAAAAUUUACUGUGUACUGUUAAUACCGUUUUUGAGUGUUUAUAGUAGGAAAGUGUAUAAUCUCUGACAUAAAAUGAGGAUCUUUUUUUAAGAGUCAUCGUUUUUUGAAUAUGUACAGUAUCGUACACAACGUGUUAUCAACAGAUAUUAAUUUAUUUUUUAAUUUAAAUGUGAAUAUUUACAGUCUACAUUGCUCGUUGGGAAAACCGUGUGCAAAACAAUCAGCUCAAGUUGAAAUGGUUUAUUCAAAACUACACCAAGGAUAUACCUCGUGCUGACAUCAAGUAAGUGAAACACGGUUUCAUAGCUAUUAAAAAUUGAAAAAGUUUUCUUGUGGCCACUGGGAUUGGCCGAGUGGUCAAGCGCUUCUUCAAUUAUCUUUCGUGCCUGGUGCCCCACAAAGUGCAGUCCGGCUCCAAGCACCGUUUAAUUACAUUUUUAGUGUUCGGGACAGAAACGUUUAUAAAAAAUUAGGUUGAGGAGUUCAAAGAAUUUGCGAGCAUGUACAUGACGAGCGACAUGGUACAAUUACUAUGUUUGUUUUUAUAGUUGAAUUUGCACAGAACGGAAAAGUUUUUUAGCUUAUUUUUUAUUUGAAGUAAAAUGCUUUUUUUAUUUAAAAAGGUAUAAAGCUUAUUAACAAAUACUUGAAAAAAUUUCAAUUUUUAAAUCCUUAAAAUUAGCUUUGUAGAAAACAUAAUUUGUAACAAAAAACGUUGAUGAUGGUGCAUCUUGCACAUUCUGUGAACGUUCAUGUUCUUUCUGCUAAACGACCCUGACCUAAAAUUUUUUUUGACAUGGAGCUCGGAAAGAGCGUCGGCCUAUUGAAAGGAUGACCCGGAUUCCACUCACGAUCCGCAAAAACAUGUAUAACAAAAAUUUCGAAACAUAGGAUUUAGAGAAAUGAAAUGUCAUAAAAUUGAUUUUUUAUAAUUACUGGAAAAUGCAAAAAAUUUUUUAAAAAUACAAAAAGUUUUUUGUAUGGUUUUUCUUUAACCAAUAUUAUUUUUUUAGAGCAACGGUUCGAAAAGCGUUUAAAUUAUGGUCUUCGCAAGUAAAAAUCAAUUCAAUGGAGUCACUAACCCUCGAAUUCGACGAAGCCGACAACGCCGACGAAGCCGACAUUACAAUUUUGUGGGCUGAAGGUGAUCACGGUGAUGCAAACAAUUUUGACGGUCCCGGUAGCGAUGGUGCUAAUAUCCUGGCUCACACUUUCUACCCUAAUUAUCACACGUCUAAGGGAAAUUUGAACGGUGACAUUCAUUUAGACGACUACGAAAAUUGGCAUGUAAAUAACUCGAAGGAAGGGGCUAGCUUUCCGCACGUUUUAGUCCACGAAAUUGGUCACACAUUGGGAUUGGGGCAUUCUAAGAAACAACAAGCUAUUAUGUAUCCAAUUUAUCCCAAAGAAAGUUUGGAUAUAAUGCAGCUAGAUUUGGAUGAUAAAUGCGCUAUUAAUUGGAGUUACGGUAGGUUAUUGAAAAAAGUAAAUUUAUAAGGUAUCAAAUUUUCUUACAAUAAAGUUUUAAAUGAAAAAAAAAGAUAAAAAAUAUUAAAUUUUUUAGUUGGCGCUUCUGACUUAUGCUUGUACAUUUGGCUUUUAUCUGAAGUAUUACCCAAAAAGAUUGGAGUGGAGAAGCACACCGCAUACAGUAAGUUAAAAACGCUUCGCUUCUCUGAUAACAGUAUUAACAGAUGGUAUUCCAGUGAUCGAUGGGGAUUUUGGUUUCGAAGAGAUGAGUGAAGCCGAACAAUUGGACAAAAAAUUGUCCAAAACACUGCUGCCAUUGUGUUCGGAUGACAAUGAUGUGCAAAGUCAUUACGAAAAUAUGUUGGUACAGAGGUUGAAGUUUCCACGAGAUUUGGCCAGUGAAUACAGUACGUUUUUGCAGGGUUGUUUUGGCAAUACGACUUCUUUAUAUUUUAAAGUGCUACUGAAAACAAUUUUAUAGCCUGAUUUUAAAAACUUAAAAAAUUGAUAGUUUAUCAAUUUUCUUACAGGUGGAGUGUUAUGUAGUUUUUUUGCCGGCUUGCAUCGUGAAUACAAUACGCCAACGACGAAUAACUUUCACGAAGCGUUCAGAAUCCGUGGCUCACACACGUAUUUUCAACAGGACGGACGAUUCGACGGCCUCGAGAACGCCGACUACGCAAAACGGGAGUUUGACUCGAAGUUUUUUAAAUGGAUUCUUAAAGAGUUUACUCAAUGA